AUGCAGAAAACAACAGCAGAAAACGGAGACUACCUAUCAUUCGGCGACAGAAAUCAUGGACUAUCCACAAUGCUUAAGUGGCACGAACACAACCAGAAAGUUUUGAAAGGGGACAUCAUAGGAAUCACAGACGAAAAUACAUCAAUCACUAAAAACUGUAUCGUUAAAGUGAACCAAACGUCCUGUGAAGACUUCAGCGAUAGUACAGAUCAGUUGAAACACAGGGUAAGACAUAUAAAUUAUUGGAAAGCUGAAUUAGAAAGAGCUAUUAAAGAUAUAGACGCUGAAAUCAACGUUUUGGAAGCUCUAAGGCAGCAAGUGAAGAACGCUAUGGACACUUUAAAAAUACCGGAAUACAUUUCAGAAGAAUGCCUCGAUAUGAGACGGAACAGAAUGCAAUCAGACCUGAUAUACGACGAACCACAAGAAGAACUAUUCACAGAAUCAGCUUUGAUAGAAAACGUUAAAAGAUUACACGGAGAAAUGUUGAGAGACAUCGAAAAUCAGAUGAAGAUGAAUGUUGCCGCGAAAACUGCACUCGAAGCUGAUUGGGGUAAUAAAUAUUUGGCAUUCAAAUACGAAAGUGCUAACGCUGAUUUGCAAACCAAAUCUGAGAAAGUCAAAGAUUCUGCCGGUGCUACAAGAUUAUCUGAAGGUCAAUCGGAUGUAACAUCAUGGGAACAUUACACUGUGAAUGCGCUACAACAAUUCAAAUCUGCUAUAGACAAAUCUAAACAGCUGAGAAGCAAAGUUGAAGCAGUUUUGAUAAAUAGCACAAGAGAUUUAAGAUCUCAAGACGUUAAAGUAAACGAAGCUUUGAGUUCAAGAAUCGCUAGAACGGAACAGGUGAAAACUGAAUUGGAAAAUCAAUUGCGAUUGACGUUGGUUAAGAUAGUUGAGACAGAGAAUAUAUUGGAGACAUUACACGACGAAAUUAUGAAGGUGUCUCAGCGGAUACAAGUGGCUCAGACGAGACUGAACACUAAAAAUAUUCGGCCUAACGUUGAGAAUUGCAGAGAGGGUUCUUUGGUUGGUCUUCUCGAUGAAGUCAGAGAUUUGAAUGAUAGCAUGAGUUUAUUGCAAAAAAGGUCUUUGGAGACGGAGAAAUUGAGGGCUGAUUUGAUACAUGAAAGGUCACAAUUGGAGAACGAAAUCAUGGUAAAGAAGAAGACGAUAUAUUUAGACAAUGAGAGGUGUCUCUUUUUGAGGUCACAUUUCCAGUCCGCUGAGAAAUUGUGUGGAUUUUAGGAAAUGCACUUAUUAAUAAUUUCUGAUUUAUUUAUAAAACGUUAUUCUUAUGUAUAACGAUCACAAUUAUAUCUAUAAUCACUUUCAACCUAAUAAUAAUA